GCGUUCCUUGAGAUGCUAACACGAGCAUAUAUAUAUUCUUCAUCACUUUUACUUACAUAUCAUAUACGCUAACUAUGUCUAUGUGUGUGUAAUAUAUAUAUGCUCUCAGAACUAACAAGUAAGAAGAAUAAGAAGAAUGUCGGAGAGUUUCAAAGUGUGCUUCUGUUGUAGCAGAAGCUUCAAGGAGAAAACGAGGGAACCACCAGUGAGCAUCAAGAGACUCUUCGAAGCUUACUCAAGAAACGGCAAGAUGUCUUUCGAUGAGCUUCUUAGAUUUGUGAGUGAAGUUCAAGGAGAGCGGCACGCAGGGUUGGACUACGUGCAGGAUAUCUUCCACAGCGUUAAACACCACAACAUUUUUCAUCACCAUGGACUUGUUCAUCUCAACGCCUUCUAUCGGUACCUCUUCAGCGAUACCAACUCUCCUCUUCCCAUGUCUGGCCAGGUGCAUCAUGACAUGAAGGCGCCGUUAUCGCAUUACUUUGUCUACACGGGACACAACUCUUACUUGACUGGGAACCAAGUGAACAGCAGAAGCAGCGUAGAACCGAUCGUGCAGGCUCUCAGAAAAGGCGUAAAGGUGAUCGAGCUCGACUUAUGGCCUAAUCCUUCAGGGAACGCUGCUGAAGUUCGUCAUGGCAGGACACUUACAUCGCAUGAAGAUCUGCAGAAAUGUCUGAACGCCAUCAAGGAUAACGCGUUUUACGUGUCUGACUAUCCAGUCAUGAUCACUCUCGAAGAUCAUUUGCCACCCAAUCUUCAAGCGCAAGUUGCUAGGAUGUUAACUAAAACAUUCAGAGGGAUGCUGUUUCGUUGUGGCUCAGAGAGUUGGAAGCAUUUUCCAUCACCAGAAGAACUUAAGAAGAAGAUUCUCAUCUCUACGAAGCCUCCAAAGGAGUAUCUUGAGAGCAAAACUGUACAGACAACAAGAACUCCAAUGGUUAAAGAGACUUCGUGGAGCAGAGUAGCGAGUAGUACUAAUAUGGCACGGGGAGGAGAAAACAAGAUUCUUGAAGAAAAAGGAGAAUUGGAGAGUGAAGCUGUAGGAGGAUAUAGAGACUUGAUCGCAAUCCACGCUGCAAACUGCAAAGAUCCUUUGAAGGAUUGCUUGAGUGAUGAUCCAGAGAAGCCUCGAAGGGUUAGCAUGGACGAGCAGUGGCUAGAGACAAUGGUUAGGACCAGAGGAACGGAUCUUGUCAGGUUUACACAGAGGAAUCUGGUGAGGAUAUAUCCAAAGGGUACAAGAGUGGACUCGUCAAACUACGAUCCCCAUGUUGGUUGGACACACGGUGCUCAAAUGGUUGCUUUUAACAUGCAAGGACAUGGGAAGCAACUAUGGAUAAUGCAAGGAAUGUUCAGGGCGAAUGGUGGAUGUGGGUACGUUAAAAAGCCUCGCAUCUUGCUAGACGAGCACACACUCUUCGACCCUUGCAAAAGGCUUCCCAUCAAGACCACUCUCAAGGUGAAGGUUUACACAGGGGAAGGAUGGGAUUUGGAUUUCCAUCAGACACACUUUGAUCAAUACUCUCCUCCAGAUUUCUUCGUAAAGAUUGGAAUAGCAGGAGUUCCGAGAGACACGGUCUCAUACAGAACGGAAACAGCUGUCGAUCAGUGGUUUCCUAUAUGGAGCAACGACGAGUUCCUGUUUCAGCUGUGUGUUCCAGAACUGGCGCUUCUGUGGUUCAAGGUCCAAGACUACGACAAUGACACCCAGAAUGAUUUCGCAGGACAGACAUGUCUUCCUCUGCCGGAACUGAAGUCCGGAGUCAGAGCCGUCCGGCUUCACGAUCGAGCAGGCAAGGCUUACAAAAACACGAGGCUUCUCGUCAGCUUCGCCUUGGAUCCUCCUUAUACGUUUCGUUGAAACUCGUUUUCUUUCCAAAUAAGCCACAGUGUUUGUAUCUCUGUUUGCAAGUUUCUAAAUUUAGAAUGUAAAAUUAUUUACUCCCUAGCUAGAACAGGAUAAAGUGUGACAAUAUAUAAAUAACUGCUUAAAAGAUACUAUAAAAGAUUCGAUAUUUGAUUA